AUGACCACGGUCUUCCUGGGUGCAUCAGAGGGCACCACGGAAGUGCCCGAGCGGGUCAGAUAUCUCAAUCUUGAAGAUCUUGCUGACACCGCAGCAAUCCGCCGUGCGCUUGCUGGUUUCAGUGCAGAGAAGUGGGCCAUGGUGAUCUGCCAUCGUUAUCGGCCUUAUUGGGCGAUCGCGCGCUCACCUCUGGCACAUAACCUCUGUGUGGUUGUGGCCCAUGAGUUUGGCAUGAUGUCGCGUCGUCAACGCCGCUGGAACCGGCGGCUGUUUGCUUCGCGUAUGCACUUUGCAGGUGUCUCGCCGGACGUGGCGGCAGAAUUGCAGUCAAAGCCGAAACACGAGCCGAUUGUGCUGCCUAACGUAUUAGAUGUGCCUGGGUCCGCGGCGGCGCUGCUGUCUCGCGCAGAUGCGCUUGCAGCAUUGGGUUUGCCGGAAGGCCCACUCACCGUCGGUGUUGUCGGACGCAUUCACUAUAAAAAGCGGCCCAAACUGUCUGCGGAAGCGUUUGCCCGCUUUUCGCAACAAAACGCUGGCAGUCGACUCGUUUUCCUGGGCGGUGGUGAUACUCGGGAGCUGCCCCAGGCAGACAAUAUUUUUUACCUGGGCCAGGUGCCCCAGGCGCAGAAUUAUUUUCAAGCUUUUGAUGUCCUGCUGCAUCCGGUACAGGUGGAGGCUUUUGGCAUGGUGGUGCUUGAAGCCAUGUACGCGGGUGUGCCGGUGGUCACCUUGCCCCAGGGUGGGCCAAAAUAUGUGCUCGGUGAGCUGGGUGCCUAUGCCAGCGAGGAUUCUCCCCAGGGUUUUGCCGAUGCGCUGGCCCGAGCGGUUAAGUUGGACCGGGACGAACUGCUCCACCAGGGGCGCUUGCGGGUUGACCAACAUUUUUCCAUCGCCUCUCUGGCACGCAGUCUGGAUCACGUAUUGCGCCGGGUUCUGUCUGAUCUGCUGCUCAAGCAAUUGAUUGAGGCGCGUGGCGUCGGCGGUGUCAUCACCGCUGGGAAAAUUCUCCAGCAUCGGCAAAAAAUGAAUAUGCCAGUGCAGCUUCUCAACGUCACGGGCUGGGUUCUUGUUGAAUCGAUACAUGACGUCGAUGCUGCCUAUGUCGCGCAACGGCUGGCAGAUGGCAUCCAUCACCGCAAAAUGGUUAUCGAUGCCGUGCACGGUGAAAUGUGCACUGAGAUCGCGUUCGGGAUUCAGCCAGGGAAUGGCCAUUUCCAGAGCACCCAGGGUGACGGCAGCAAAGGUGUCCUGCACCAACUGGUCCUGUUCUUGGGCGGACAGCUCAGGAAAACAUCGUCGAAUAUUGGUUUCGGCGAUUUUACGGCGGGCGCCGCCAAUGCGGUAAGCAAGGCGACCGAUGCGAUCACCCAGGCUGAAAAUCCAACGUAA